CCCGUACUCUUGCAAUCAAAUAUUCCAUGACCGACCCAGCACCUACGUGCACAACAUUGAGCUCGAGGUUAGAAUUCGCACUAGACAGGAGCCAAUAAUCAAUAGAAGCUCCAUGAUGCUCACACGCGCGGCUACUCCCACACGUUUCCGUCAUCCCGAGUGUCACCAACGGGUCACCUCCGUUCUCCCAACUUGCCAAUUAUCAUACCUUUGAAUCUUGUUCAUAUAGAAACAAUCAUAUAUUCCGUUCCAGUGCCGAGUACAGUGCAAAAUUCAAUUUAACGACUUCGCAUGAGCCAACGCAAAGAUGUACCUCCCAUCCUUCUCCACAGCACUCGCAGACUCGGCCUUUCCAUUCAAUUGGAUUCACGACGUCAUGCGUGUAUUCGUUUUGUAUCUAGCUGCGUUCUUUGCCGCUAGUCCGCCGGCUAUUGAGGCCCAGGGUGGUAGCAGUGUCGGUAGUGGGGAGUAUCUGGUCGGUCUUGGCAUUGGAGAUGUUACUGGCCCAGUUGUCGAAACAAAUAUGAUGGGUUAUGCAUACCUACCACAAACUGACACAGGCCUCCACAUGCGUCAGCGAAGCCGCGCGUUUAUCGUUGCCGACCCUUCCAACCCCACUGACCGUGUUCUCUUCAUUAACUCCGACAUUUGCAUGGGCGACACUGGCAUCCGACGAACCAUCCUCUCCUCUCUUGCAUCGCUUUACGGAGAUCUCUACACGACCGCAAACACCGCCCUCGUCGGAACCCACGCCCACAGCGGCGUCGGCGGCUAUCUCGAGAACCUUCUCCCACAAAUCACUUCUCUCGGAUACGUGAAUGAUACCGCAGCCGCCAUAGUCUCCGGUACACUCAAGGCCAUCGCAGACGCGCACAACUCCCUCGUGCCGGGCAAUCUGAAGCUAGGGAACACGACACUGCGGAAUGCGAACCGGAAUCGGAGCCCCAGUGCGUACUUGGCGAAUCCGGAGUGGGAGAGGGCGAUGUAUGAGGACGACCAGGACACGACGGUGACGGUGUUGGGCUUUGAGAAUGUGGAUGGAGGUGCGACAGGAUUGCUGAGCUUUUUCCCGGUGCAUGGGACGAGCUUGUAUGAGAAUAAUACCCUGGUGAGCGGUGAUAACAAGGGCAUGGCAGCGUGGAUGUAUGAAUCAUACGCCGAGCCGUCCUCGAUGCCUGGCAACAACUCCUUUGUCGCAGGGUUCGUCCAAUCCAAUGUGGGCGAUACAACCCCGAAUACCCUGGGCGCCUAUUGCGAGUCGCCCGGAAAACCAUGGGAUGGCCAACCCUGUGAGUUUGAGCACUCGACAUGCGGUAAUCGGACUGAGGACUGUCACGGACGGGGCCCCGGCUUCCGCAUCUCGGAUUUCGAGUCCAAUCGUAUAAUCGGGCAGGCACAGUUUGAAGCAACACGGACCGUGAUGGAGGCGAACAACAUGACCUCGGUGAGCGGGAGUGUGAAGAGCGUGCAUGUGUAUCUCGACAUGACGACUUAUACGUUUACGUUACCAAAUGGGACGCUUGCGAGAACGUGCCCCGCUGCCUUGGGUUAUUCAUUCGCGGGCGGAACCACUGAUGGCCCCGGCGCCUUCGACUUCAUUCAAGGAGACAACUCCUCCCACUCCCAAAACCCCUUCUGGGAGGUCGUCAAAAGAUUUGUCACCCCAGCCCCGUCAGAAGAGCAAAUCGCUUGUCACUACCCCAAACCCAUAUUACUGAACUCGGGAUAUAACUAUAAGCCGUACGACUGGUCGCCUGGGACGGUGGACGUGCAGAUGCUGAGGGUAGGGCAAUUCGUGAUACUUGUGAUGCCAGGGGAGUUGACGACUAUGGCGGGGAGGAGGAUGAGGGACGCACUGAGGGCGAGGCUGAUUGCGGAGGGUGUCCUGGACGACAAUGCAUAUGUGGUGAUCGCGGGUCCUGCGAACACGUACGGACACUACGUCACGACGCGCGAGGAGUAUGAUGUGCAGCGAUACGAAGGGGCUAGUACAAUAUUUGGACCUGCCACGCUCGAGGCGUAUAUUAACAGGUACAGCGAGCUUGUUCCAUAUCUCGCGGAUGAUAGCACUGGGAUACCGUCGUCCAAUGCUGCCCCUCCGGAGCAGACGAGUAAGGCGAUCUCGCUACAGACCUCGGUGCUCGUCGACAAUCCUCCUAUUUUCAAGCACUUUGGAGGUGUCCUCGCCGAUGUCGAGAGUAGUACAUAUCACGCGGGAGACACUGUAGCUGUGCGAUUCGUUGGUGCUAAUCCACGGAAUAAUCUGAGGCUAGAGGGGACAUUCCUCACAGUGGACCGAGAAGUGAAUGACGAGUGGGUGGUAGUGAGGACAGAUUCACACCCGUCGACGACAUACCAGUGGAACCGGACGAGCAAGGUACUUGGCACGAGUACGGUUGAUAUCCGAUGGACCAUUGAGGAUGGAACGCCAGCGGGAAUAUACCGAAUAACAUACUACGGCGACUCAAAGUCGCUAUUGGGCAGUAUAUCGGCGUUCACGGGUGAUUCUUCGACGUUUACUGUGGGAUGACGACUGCUUUGACUGGCUUUUUGUUAUGGGACGCUUUCUGUUUUCUUGUGAUGUUGUCGUGUUGAAUUAUAUGGAUAAUAUUAAUCUCGAUGGCUA